AUGGAAAUAAUAACACAUGAUGAUACUGAAUCUAUUAAAUUCAUUCAUGGGCCUAGAUUCAGAUUUUGUAAUAACAAACCUGCAAGAAUACUAAUUUGUAAUCCCCUCAAGUACUUGAUUGUCGAAAAAAACUCACAAAUAACAAUUUUUGACUUGAAUGUUAUAUUGUCUAAUUCAGAUGGUUUAACUUAUUUUGAGAGCAAACUUGAUGAAAUUAAGCAUGCUCAGUUGGGAAAUUACGAUUUUGGCCAUGAAUCUGCUAUAACUCAUAUAGUUCUUGACUUUUCAUCCACUAUUUUGACGGUUGUUAUUGAUACGAAAAUUUUACUCUUUAAUUUAUUAGAUCUUGAUCAAAAAAGCGAAUGGAUUAGUAUUAACCAUGAUGGAAUUCAAUCAAUAACUUGGACUCAAAACCACGAUUUAAUAACGAUAGAAUCCGAUGGAUCAUGCUCUUUUUACUACUUUAUUCCUUCUGAGAAGGACUUUUACAGAACAAAGCUUAUUUUGGAUGGUAGCUCUGAUAAUUUUACAUUAGUAGAGGCCUGUAAAAGUAACUUUUGCGGAAUUCAAUUUAUUUUAAUAUCAGAAAGCGAAAAAAACAUUAUUCUCAUAACAAAUGAAUUAUAUAAUAUGAUUAUUUCUUCCCAAUCAAAAUUUUUUAAUAUUCCAAAAUCAUUUAUUAGACCAUUUUCUACUUUAAUUGGACCUAUAACCGAUGUAUUUCAGGGUGGAAAUUCCAAAAUGAAUCUGAUUAACCAGUUACAUAUUACAUCAGCAAAAUUUAUAGACGGAGAAGAUCUAUAUUUGUCAAUCUCACUUAUUGGAGGACUAGAAUACAUGGAUGGGUAUGUUUUGUUUUUCAAAAUCGAUAGUGAUCUGAAAGUAGAGUUAAGUUCAUAUUCUAUUAAUGACUUAUGUUUCGAUAAUGUAGAUUCGAAUGAUAUGGAUCAGAUUAAAAAAAUACGUUGCGUUUCUUUUUGGGUUAAAGAAUGGGGAAUUUUAUUUAUAGGCUCUGCUGUGUUUUCGCAAAUGAUUGUUUUUACACCCAACCAUUCAUAUAUUAACAAAGAAAAUUUGAAUGAUUACAAAUCACAUAAUUGGGUAAGGCUUGCAAUGUGUGAAGGAUACGAUAUUAAUUGUACUGAUUUUGAUAUUGGUAUUUUUGAUUCUUGUCUUUGUACUUGCAACAAAAGAUCAAUCAGAGACCCCAAGUUAACAAUCGAUGCUCCACAAAUUUCUCAGCCACCAAUUAUUUUUAUUGCUGAGACAAAUGGCGAUAUCAUUACCCAUUAUAUUGGUGGAGAUCCGAAGCUGAUCAAACCAAUUAAAUCAGAAGAAUUAGAUUCCUUAAUUACAAAUUAUACUUCAUGCAAUAGUUUGAGUCGUCAGGAUCUUGAGUCAAAAAAUCAGGUCCCAACAAAUAACUACAUGUUUCAUUUGGUUGAGUCUCCUUUAACAAAAUUUUCUAUCUCUUCGAAAAAAGAUAAUUCUAAUAGUUCAUUAAAGGCAAUUGAACAAAUACUCAGGAUUCAAAAAUAUAAGCCAAUUAAUCAAGGAAUUAGUAUGAUUAAUAAAUCAGAAGAAAAGCUGUUUGAUUCCAUUAUGAAAAUCGAGUCUCAAGUAUUACAAUUAGAAAAAAAAUUUAUCAAUAUUAACGAAAAGGUUUUGAACGUUUUAAAUUCACCACUGAUCGCUAAAAGAUUAAUAAAUUUCUGUGAGUUCGUAGAUAAGAUUAAAAUCAUUGCUAAUGAAAAUUCCAAUUUUUAUAAAUUAAUAUCAAAAUUCAAUGAAAUAUCAAAUAUAGAAAUUCAGCUUAGAAGACUUCAUUUAUACCUUAUGAAAAAGAUCUCCGAAGACGUAUAUAAAAAUACCAAAAUUGAGAUACUUAAAGAAAAAUUAAGAAAGAACGAGCUAACUUCAAGUCAAAUAUCGAUUUUAUUUCAAUAUAAUAUUGAAUUAUUUGGACUUUUAAUUGAUAAUGGUGUUGACAAAAACCAAGUAAUAAUGAAUUCACUAAUCUCGAUUGAAACACUUUCUCUUAAAUUGGCUUCUAGAAUUUCCCAAGUCUCGAUAUUUUGUGAAAGACUAAAUUAUAGAAAGAGUAUGGAAUUUGAAUUCACUUCACUUCCACCGCCAGAAUACAAUUAUAAUACUUUGCAUUCUAAUGAACAAAGUUAUGCUACUCCCAAUAAGAUUCCUUUUGAUUCUCAUAGAAAUAGCAAUUCACAAAAAAUCCCAUCUUCUUCUGUAAGGAUAUCAAAAAAAAAUAACUUUGAUUCCCAACCUGAUUCAAAGGGAAAACAUCGUAUAUAUUCAUCAAAAAAAAACAUUAAUCUUUCUGAUAUUAUUAAUAAUAUUUCAAAUUCAGUAAUCAAAGACGAUUUAUAUAAACCAUCAUUUAGUUCAGAGAAUGAAUCUAAUAUUCUUAAGGUCCAAAGGUUAAAAAUUAAUAACUAUGUGAGUCAGAAUAAUACUCCAGGUAGGUACAUUCAAAUUAGAUCUAAAUAUUUGGGUUACUCUUGUGAUGAGGUGCUUUCAGACAAACUAGGUGUGAACAAUAGACCCAAAUUACAAAAUAAUACUUUCUUUGAAUUGUCAUGGAUUCCUGGGCUAAUAGAAGAAAAAAACGCUUCGCUUAAGUUAAUGGAGCAUUCCAGUCAUUCAUUUGAAACCAAAAAUAAGUACUAUGUUAAGCAAGGAAUGCCCAAUUUAAUACUCACAAACUGUAUUGAAAGACUAGAAAGAAUCGUUGACCAUUGUGAGAUUGCUAAUGGUUCAAUUUCAUUCAUUGAAAGAGAGGAAUUACUGCCCAAAUUUAUCAAAAAAAUAGGCAAGGAUUCAGUAAAGACAACAGAAAUUUCAAGCAAAAGUUUGCUAACUGGUAACCGAAUUAUUACUUCUCAGUUAUUGCUAUCAAGGAAUUCAUCUUUGCAAAAAAAUAUGAUAUAUAGACAAAAGUUAUUAUUAAUAUUAUCGGGAUUUGUUGGAAAAUUGUCAAAUAGUAAAUCAACAGCUUUUCCACAAAAUACAAACUGUUCAUUUAACGAUUUAAAGUCAAGAGUUUAUAAUAAAUUUGAUCAAAAAGAUUUAAACUUUGAAAACUCUCAACAGGAAUGCAUUUCAGCUAUCUCUUUCGCAUUUCCACUAGAAAAAAAUCAGAAUCCGGUAACAUUAGAUUAUAAAACUGUACUUUUAGAGCAGCAAGGUUGUAUAGAUACAAAUGAUCUGCUGAGUGGUUCCCCGAAUAUUCCUGGGAAAACUAACUUAAAAAAUUCAAAUAUUGGCUUUGUUACAGAACUCGGAGACAAAACCGUUUUAAAACAUCCAAAUUAUAUGUCGGAAGCAACUCCUAGUGAUAAAAUCGAUUUUUGUAACUAUAUUGAAACAAAAUUUGAUAAAGAUUCUGCCAAAACAAAUUCAAACAUGGCUUACAAAAAAAUUACUCAAGAUGAUGAAAGCUUUGAACCUGAUUUAAACAAUACAAGUUUUUGUACUAACAACCCAAACUUGCUAAAUAAUAGUUUAAAUAAAACAACUUGUGAAUUAGUCUCAAAUAAUGGAAAUUCCAUUAAUUUAGAAUUUAAUAAACAAAAAAAUGAAAUACUACAAAAGGAUAUUAAAUCUUCCUUUUUUUCAUUGAGUUUGAUCAACAAUGAAACUCCAAACUCAAAGAGGGCUUCAGAAGGAAUAUUUGCAUUCUCAACUGAAAUGAAUAUUUCAUUAAACCUUAAUAGUCCCGAUUCUAAAAGAGAUCAUGUAAAAAAUCAGAUUUCUGAUGAAUUAAAUAUUUUUUCUUUCAGUUCUGAUAGUAAUCCAUUGAAACCUAUUAAUAUUUGUUCGCCACCGAAACAGAGCUCGGAUGCCAACCAUUUGUCAAGUGCUAUAGUGAAAAAUGGUUUGCACGAACUAGAUGAAUUGGAUGUUUCUAAGGUAAAUGCUUCUACUAUCAGCACAAAUAUCGGUUCCACUAUUGAGAAUGGAAACUCAACCCUUAAAUUUCAAGGUAAUAAUGAUCUCGAACAAAAAGAUGAAGAAAGCUCAAAACCUUCCAUUAAUCUAGGUGGUGUGUUUGGCUUUCCUAAUUCGCUAUCAAAUAUGAAUAAUGCUCCUAAAGUCUCCGGUUUUGGGUCAUCACAAUUUUUAAUUAAUGGCCCAUUUAGUUCGAAUAAUGGUGGCAAUAGUUUAUGCGGCAAUCCUAAAAAUGACAGUACUAUUGAAGAAGCACAAUCUUUUGAGUUUUCCGCAAAAAACUUAAAUAAUUCAAUUCCUUUUAAAGCAUAUCCAUCUUCUGACAAUUCAACUGGAGGUUUUGUUGCAUUUUCUUCUGAAUUUCAUGGCUUUUCCCCGAUAAAUGCGCAAAACUCAACGAUUAAUUCGUUUCCGAAUAAUUUAAACAAUAAUAUAUUUAAUUUUGCUCCACCUCAAAAACCAAGACAAGUAAACAAACUUGAUUGA